AUGUACUCCUACCUUACUAUAUAUACAAGAGUAUCCAGAAGAUAUUCUAUCUUCUUUUACCCCCCAAGAAGAUACUUUAACCCCUUCUACCCAGCUUCUAGCUCUAGAAGAAAGCUUUUAGCCUUCUUUUAUACCUCAGUUAGGGGUAUUAAAGAAGUAUACUUGUUCUUUUUUUAUAAUUAUAAAAAGUACCCUAGAAAAGGUCUUAUAGUUAUAACUAUAAAAGAAGAAGAAGGAGAUCCUUCUAAAAUAUCUAUAAUAGUCCUAAGUUACACUAUAACUUCUAUAGACUCUAAGAGCUACCUAGGCGUUAUAGAAGGUUAUAAUAUUCCUUUUAGUAGAGUUAUAAGGUGUACUGACAUAGAAAUUAAAGAAUUAAAUACUACAGAAAAAGAAAAAGUCUUAAAGGCAAAUACUAUAAGAGACUUAAGCUUAUUUACCUUCUUAGCUAGAGAGAAGACCUAUAGAAAAUUAUUAUUCUUUAUCCCCUAUAAAAACGAAGUAAAUUCUUUAGAGUAG